UCUCAGCCGGUGCGGCGCGCAUGACCAGUCCCCCGAAAAGGAGCCCCUCGUACUCCGCCGGCGGUUGCCAUGGAGACGCGGCUCGCAGUCUGGUUUGCUCUGCUGCUGCUGAGCCUGGCUGGGAAGGCGCGAACCGUUUACAGAACACCCCAGCCUGACUUUGAAGAGAAAUAUUUUGAGCAGUGGCUGGAUCACUUCAAUUUUGAAUCAUAUGGCAACAGAACCUUUGCACAGAGAUACCUCAUCACAGAUAAAUUCUGGAAAAGGGGAGUGGGCCCCAUCUUUUUCUACACGGGGAAUGAAGGAGACAUCUGGGACUUUGCUCAGAAUAGUGGCUUCAUCCUGGAGCUGGCAGAGCAGCAGAACGCCUUGGUGGUCUUUGCGGAGCAUAGAUAUUAUGGGAAGUCACUUCCAUUUGGGGCAGCGUCUCUACAGAAGGAGCAAAUUGGUCUGUUGAGCAUGGAGCAAGCCCUUGCCGACUACGCAGUGCUCAUAAUGGAGCUGAAGAAGCAGUGUGGAGCAAGGGACUCUCCUGUCAUUGCUUUUGGAGGCAGUUACGGAGGGAUGCUCAGUGCAUACAUGAGAAUGAAAUAUCCUCACGUAGUGGCCGGGGCGCUUGCUGCCAGUGCCCCCGUGCUGUCUGUGGCUGGGCUUGGAGAUGCCAACCAGUUCUUCAGGGAUGUCACAGCGGAUUUUCAGAACUACAGUCCAUAUUGCGUCAAGACUGUGCAAGAAGCAUUCUGGCAAAUCAAAGACUCCUAUCUAGCUGGAGCGUAUGAUACAAUCAGCAGUAAGAUGUCCAUUUGUGAGAAGCUUUCUUCUAAGGAAGAUGUCUACCAGUUGUUUGAAUUUGCCCGGAAUGCCUUCACCAUGAUGGCUAUGAUGGACUACCCUUACAAGACUGACUUCAUGGGCCACUUGCCAGCAAAUCCAGUCAAGGUUGGCUGUGAACUGAUUCUGGCAAGCCAGGACCGGCUCAGAGGCUUGGCAGCUCUUAUUGGCGUAUUCUACAACUCAACCGGGCAGGUGCCAUGUUUUGACAUAUAUAAGCUGUACCAGAAAUGUGCUGAUCCAACUGGCUGCGGCACGGGCUCAGACGCCCAAGCCUGGGACUAUCAGGCCUGCACAGAGAUCAACUUGACAUUUAACAGCAACAAUGCGACUGAUAUGUUCCCAGAGAUUCCCUUCACUGAUGCUGCCAGAGAACAGUACUGCUUCAGCAAGUGGAGCGUGCAUCCCCGACCAUUGUGGUUACAGACCCAUUUUUGGGGCAGUGAUCUGGCUGCUGCAAGCAACAUCAUCUUUUCAAAUGGAGACUUGGAUCCCUGGGCAGGUGGUGGUAUUGGAAAGAACCUGAGUGCCUCGCUGAUCGCCAUAACCGUUAAGGGAGGUGCCCAUCACCUGGACCUCCGGGCGUCAAACCCAGCUGACCCGCCAUCUGCCAGGGAGGCUCGUCGUCAGGAAGCAAGCAUCAUCCAUGACUGGCUGAGACUGGCAAGGGAAGGCCUUGGUUCUUGAAAGAACCAGCCAACCACUUUUUAUCUGGAGUAAUCAAGGCAAUGUUCUGAGGCUAAAGCCAUUUUAAAAAGUCCUUUGCUAAGGAAAUGAGCAUUCAUGACGUAUCCUUCUGAGGCAGUGACACUUCAUGCUUGUGUCAGCAAGAAUAAAACUGUCCAGAUUCCUCAGGCACUCAGUUUUCCUUUGUGUGCAUUUCCUGGACAUUGGAGAAGAUAACACAGACUUUCUUGUAGCCAGUCUGUCUUUCAUGUCUAUUUGGUUGGGGGAGGGGGAGGAAUCAGGGCUACCGCAAUUGCUGGCUUUUAAUGACCAGCUGAGGGAUUCAGCCUCUCUCGUCAGUACUUUGCAGUAGUGUAAUGUGCAGAGACCAGUUUAACCAGUCUUGCACAUACCUUGUUGAAAUUAAUUAUGAUUAAACUAAUCUUACAGAGAAGCUCAGGGAGGGAAAUAGUAACGCCCGUUCUUCUACCCCUGUCUUGGGGUUGCCAAAAGUUUGUUGGAAUAAAAGGAUCUGCUUCCAGGCUUUGAUAAGCCUUUGGGGAAAUACAAUUCCAGUGUUGAGGGGCAAGCCCCCAAAUGCAAGCAAAGCCCCUCUUGACAUGCCCUUCUUGAGCACAACCUACACAUAGUAAAUCAUACAGCAGA